AUGAUGGCCGAGCUGAGCACAGUGUCUCUUCCCCCAACAAGCGGGGUGGAAUAUAACGAGACUGGAUGCCUACUGUGUGAUGCACCACCAGGGACCAUCGACAUCAUCACUUUGCUCAUCUGCCUGUUCGGGCUGGUGGGGAAUGGGAUCGUGCUCUGGUUCCUCAGCUUCCACAUUAAGAGGAACCCCUUCACCGUCUACAUCCUCAACCUGGCCGUCUCCGACACUUUCUUCCUGCUCUGCUCGACUGCUUAUCUCAUAGUUUGUGUGGUGGAAUAUUCAUUUUGUGUGAAUGAUGUUUUUAUUUACUUAUUGUUGCUAUUUCAAAUGCCUGCUCUGUUGACGUACAUCACCAGCCUGUACCUCCUGACGGCAAUCAGCACUGAGAGGUGUCUCUCAGUCCUCUACCCCAUCUGGCACCGAUGCCGCCGGCCAAGACACUUGUCUGCCAUUGUCUGCGCCCUGCUCUGGGCUCUCUCCAUGCUGUUCUCCUGUUCAGUGGGUGUUUUUUGUAUUGUUCUUUCAGGUGAAUUCUGUGUCAUAUCCUUCCUACCCAUGUGUUUUCUGAAUGUCCUGAUAUUCACUCCCAUCAUGGUUCUGUCCAGUUUGACCCUGUUCAUCAAGGUCCGACAUAGCUCACAGCGACAUCAGCCAGGGAAGCUUUAUGCUGUUAUCCUGCUCACCGUCCUCUUCUUCCUCCUCUUCACUGUCCCUCAGAGUGUCCAGAUCUUCCUCUUUUAUCAGAACAUAAUCGAUUCCAGUGAGAUAUUUCACAUGCUGACCUCUGCAAGCAGCAGCAUCAACCCAUUUAUUUACUUUCUAGUCGGGAGCUAUGGGAAGCGGCGAUUCUGUGGCUCCAUCAAGGUUGCACUCCAGAGGGUUUUUGAAGAGAAGACAGAUUCCAGAGAAGAUGGAGAGACCACCAGUGCAGAGGCAAUGGAGACGGUCACUUAA